AUGAGGAAGCCGCCCAUGUGCCUGCAAUAUGCCAUUUGGGCAAUGGGAGCACUGUGGCACCCCAAGUACGACCGAUGCGCCGAUGUAUUUUAUAAAAGAUCUCGAUAUUACGCCGAGGCUGACGAAAUGAGAGUGAGAAGCCAGCUCUAUCGCCCACUCAAGGAAUCCGGAGAAUAUUUCAUCACAAUAGCACACGCUCAAGCUUGGGCCCUCAUAGCUUGCUAUGAAGCGAGAGCUAUGCUCUAUACUAGAGCGGGAAUGAGCUGCGCCAGGUGCUGCCGCCUCGUACACAUGCUUGGGCUUAACAAAAUCGACAGUCCAGAUGACGAUGCUCCAGAGACUCUUGGCCCUCCGCAGGAUUGGAUCGAGCUAGAAGAGCGCAGAAGAGUCUUCUGGGUGGCCUUUUCAUGCGAUGCUCAAUCAAGCAUGGCAACUGGCUGGCCUAGUUAUAUCAAUUCUGACGAUAUCAUGACUCGACUUCCAGCUAGUGAAGAGGCUUUCAUCUCUGGCGAAGAAGAAGAGUGCCCUUUUCUGGACGAUGUUAUGAAAGGCGCAUCCUACAGCGGCUUUUCCGGCUCUCUCGUGCUUAACCACCUCUUAAAGGCCAUCAUGCGUCAUGUCCAUCUAAUUAGGCCGUCGGACCGACCUGAGGAUCCCACGCACGGAGAGUUUUGGAAGCGACAUCGCCGUUUGGAUAAUCAGCUGUCGACCUUGUUCAUGUUUAUGCCGGACAAAUUCCGUCUGCCAGAAAAUUUGCAUAACCCUCUAGCGACUUACAUCAAUCUCAACUUCCACGCAUGCGUCAUUUGCUUGCAUCAUGUUGCCCUCGAGGUCAUUGAAAAGCAUGGCCUUGGCGAUCCUUUGAGAAAGGACAGUCGAUACCUUUUAAAGAAUGCCGCAGAUGAGAUUGCCAGCAUUGUCAAGAUGACAUCCCAUCGCUCAUCAUUAUUUAGCAACCCUUUGUGCGCCUUUUCGCUGUAUAGUGCGACAACGGUGUACGUUUACCUAGCCAAAGAAGAUCCAGCUACGGGAAUAAAUCCUGUCGACAUGUCCAAUCUUGAACUCAUCGUCAAUGCCAUGGAGGCGAUCGGUCGAAUACAUAUGGUUACCUGUGCCUUCUUGCAGCAAGCUUGCCUUGAUAUCGACAAUAAUGGCCUCUCGUCAACUAUCAAAAUACCAGCCCUCUACCAAUACCGCAAUCUCUUUGGCGGCCCAGCCUCCAACAUUCCCCUGCUGGCUCGAAGCCCCAUCUCAAAACACACGCAAAUGAGUUCUCCGCUGCCU